AUGCUGCUCAACCUCGCCAGCGCUCUCGGCCUCGCCGGGACUGCCCUGGCUGCUAUCUCCUACAAGGACGGGACAGAUGUUAUAUCGCUCUCGACAAGCCGAGUCUAUAUCUCAGUCAACAAGACCUUGGGCGCUAUGACUGGUCUGACAUAUGACGGGAUUGACGUUCUGGGUCCCGUCUCUGGCCGGAUCGGUAUGGGCUACUUUGACUGCUACUGCAUCCCCGCCGUCAACGCCUCCGUCUGGUCGCCCUCCAACCCCAACCCCCAAUCCUCUCGACACUACUACGUCGGCGAGAGCAAGAACGCCACCUUUGCCGUCAAGCAAGGCACCUCGUCCAACGGUCAGGCGUGGAUCGGUCUCAUCAUGAACGACACCUACCGACCUACGGGGCAGGAGUUCCAGCAGUGGUGGUUUGUCCGAGAUGGGGAGGCGGGGUAUCACAGUUUUACGCGGUUGCGCUUUGAUAAUGGCACGCAGGGGGUGAAUUUGGGGAAUGUCCAGGAGUUCCGACAAGUCUUAUCGCCCAACACACCCAUCUGGACCCAGCUCGUCACGAACGAGCAGCAAUACGCGACCUUGCCUUCCAAAGCUGCUAUCGCGAAACAAGUUGUCGUCCAAGACGCAACAUGGUACUACAACGUUACCGCCGGUAACCCCUACAAGACCGAGUCUUCCGACUACUUUACCAAGUACCAAUACGCCGACAUGUACGGCGAUCACCUCGCGCACGGCUUCUACGCCGAUGGGUCCAACUCGAACGGGACCGCCCUCGGCCUCUGGACAGUCUUUAACGAGCUCGAAGGAUACACGGGCGGACCCCUCCGAUCGGACUUGGUCGUCGAUACCAACAUCUACAACUACUACCUGUCCAAUCACCGCGGCGCGUCCACGCUGAACCUGACGAGCGGGUUUGAUCGGAUCUUUGGACCGUCCUUCGUUUACUUUAAUCGGGAUGGGAGUUUGCAGGAUCUGUACAAGGACGCCAAGGCCAAAGGGGAUCGCACGUUCGCUGCGGACUUUUACGACGAGGUGGCGGGGCUGGUUCCUGGUUAUGUGCCAAGCUCGGGCCGGGGGGACUUUAACGCAAAGAUUGAGCUGCCGAAGGGUGCGGGCGUGGCUAAGGCGGUCUUGAGUGAGAUAGGUAGGGACUUCCAGGAUAAUGUGGGCAAUUCAAGUGCCUACCAAUACUGGUCCAACGUCUCCUCAGACUGUACCGUCCACAUUCCUCGGGUCAGGGCCGGAACGUACCGCCUGACCAUCUACGCCGAGGGCGUCUUCGGGCAGUAUGAGCAGGACGGGGUGGUCGUAGCCAAGGGAGAUGGGAAUGGGGCGCCUUUAUGGGUGGUCUGGAAGGGGGAGAACCAUGGGAAGGAGCUCUGGAGGAUCGGGACGCCGGACAAGACCGCCGGCGAGUUCCGACACGGUUUCGCCCCCGACCCCAACCACACCCUGCACCAGGAACAAUACCGUCAAUACUGGGGCGCACACGACUUCCCUACCGAUUUCCCCACUGGCGUCAACUACACUAUCGGCGUCUCCUCUCCCUCCAAAGACUGGAACUACGUCCAUUACUCCCGAUACGGCGGAACCUACUCCCGUCCCGGCUACAUCAUCGACAAUGUCAACGUAUGGACCGUCAACGCCCCCGUCAACUCUUCUUUCACGACGACCGGCAAGAACGCGACUCUCACCAUCCAGCUAGCCGGCGCUCGGACGGCCAGUGGGAACCUCGACCUUCCGGAGCCAUCGUCCAAUUACUCCAAUGUCGACCUCACCGUCAAUGUCAAUGGGAGGCAAGAGAGCUUGGCGUGGACGAUCCGGUAUAACGAGUCGUCGUCCUGCUCUGACCGGAGUGGGAUUGCGUGCUAUACCCUAGCGAAGAAGUGGACGUUCCCGGGGAACUGGUUGCGGAAUGCGAGUGGGGAGGUGAAUGUCUUCAAGUUGGCGUUGCCGUAUAAUGCGAGCGGGGGGGAUGUCAACUUUAGGAACUAUAGUGUGAGUGUGUUGUAUGAUGCGGUGAGGUUGGAGAUUGGGGAGUAA